GUCGUGAGUGAACGGUCAUUCAACAGCCAUCCUAACUAAUAUCCACCAUGAAGAAACAGUUACUUGAUCUUAUUUAGUUCCCAGGCACGCGGGACAGAGGCGUAUCAUUUAUGCAGACUAGCAGGAUUGUUUAAAUCUGCCCCGUUUCAGCAGCUAAUUCAUUGAUGCCACUUUACCCACCCGGCAGGAUAGCCUUGUCGUUUGCGAAACGAUCUACACUAACCGUUUCACUCAACGGGUAACGGGCGAAUCCUUUGCAUGACAGGGGCGGCUUGUUGUUGAACAUAAGUGCGAAGGACCCCUACCUCUAUACGGAGUAAUUGGGGAUGCUACUCCGAUUCGGUUGACUCUUGAUCUAUCAUAUUGAUCGCCAUGGCCCACCUGUCAGAGUGCGAACGGCCUAUCGUUCCAGAGGAAUUAAGAAGUUCGUUUACUGGUCUGCUUGAAUGUAAUUCCAGACCUAUGACGACCUUUACCAACGAAAUUUCUGCUAUUGCGGGACCGAAUACUAGAAGAAGCGAACAAUUUGGCAAGCGCUUGGGUGUUGCUGAGGCUGGAUUCAAGGAUGUGCAGCAGGAGAUCUAUAAAUUCCGUUGUCACCUUGCUAAGAGUCCUAAACUGAAGGAUCUUGGAAGAUACCAGCAAUUGAAUAUGCUUGAAGCUCUGUUCACCAGGUUCCUAGGGUGGAGUGUUGAAGAGGUCAAAUGCUCCUGA